AAUCAACUUCUGAACAAAAAGAAGCCACAAUUCAUAUGAUUAGGUAGACGCACAUGUGUACUAGUUGUUCAGUUUGCUUUGUGAAAUUUUUUGUUCCGUUGUUACAUAUAAAAUUUUCUUGAGGAAAGCAUCAUAAUCAAUUGAAGUUAUGGAAAAUUUAGAGGACGUCUGCACUAGUGGCCGGGUUACAAGGUCUUUACGAAAACGUUUAACAUCAGUCGACAGUAAUGAUGCCGGAAGCCGACCGUCUACGCCUCAAUUAGCAAAGCUCGUUUCCAUACCCGAAUCAAGUUCCCCAUCUCGCUCUUUGCGAGCAACUAGACGCAACUCUACAACUGGGAAUGGCACACCUUCAAAAACGUCAGCAAUGUCUAAAACUUCCACUAUUUCCGAAUCACACGAUGUUGAAAUCAAUGCUUCUAAGCGUAACGUAAGAAGGAGCAGCGUUUCUGGAACAGAUUCGCACACGUCAAAGAAAGUUAGUCAAGUAGAAAUUGCCACAACGAAAAUUAGUGAGUCGCCCGAAGAGGACUACGUUUUGAAAACGAAAACAACUCCAGCCAGACGUUCUACAAGAUUGAUCUCUAAGUCUCCGUCUUAUUUGGAAGAAGAGGGAACGACACCUUCCGGUCCACCCAAAACGAGGUUACAGUCUAAGUCUCCUCCACAUUUGGAUACUUCCUGUACAACUAAGACGAUUAAACCCGGCCCGAAACCCAAACGUGACAAACAAAAAAGUGAUAGCGAUUCUGAGGUUGAAGUAAUCAAUCUAGAAGAAAAUCCAGAAACAGAUGAAAAGGCAGUGAAAACUCCAAAAAGAGUAUCAUCCAGGUUUAAAAAAUCACCGAAGAGUGCAUCUCCUAAAAAUAAGAGGCCAAUAAUUGAAAGAAUUGAUUUAUCGGAAGAAACUGUUGAUUCUCAUGUUAAUGGGGGAACAGAAGAAUGUUUAAUUUUACAAGAGGAUGAUAAAUGUAACAUGGAUAGCAUUAAAGCUACAGACUCGAUAAAAAUUAAAUCUAAAAUAAAUGAAAAUAAAGAAACUACAGUAGAAUCUUUGAAAUCACCAUUAACAGAAACAACGCCGGUGAAAGAAGGCAAAGAAGAGGCUCUUCGCUUGGAAUUGUCUGAAGAUGAUAAUAAAGCAGAAACUGAUUCCACUACUAAAACACCCGAGAAGUAUACAUCACCUAAAAAAUCUCUAAAUUCAAGUCGGAACGGGUCGGCUGUUCAAAGCGUUGUCAUAUUGCAGAAAUUAUCGCCUGAUGUAAUUAAAAAACUUUGUGGCGAAAAUAAUACAGCAAUCCCGCCACCAAACGCUAAAUCCGUUGCAUUUAAUGGUAUUGAAGAAGACGAUGCCGUAAAGAGUACAUAUCCUAAAACUCCAGCAUCGAUCAAGAGCAAAAGCUAUAUUACAUUGGAUUCUUCGGGAGGCACCGAAGAAAAGUCUUUCGAAACCGAAAAAGGAUUAUCAGCCAGCUUUAAAGAUGAUAGCGCAUUAGUUGAAGAAAGUAAAGAUCAGACCGAUUUCGCAAUCCAGGCGAAUCAAUUGAAAGAAUCUGUUGAGUUACAUGCUAUCUCCAAUGGUGAUAAGGAAGAAAAUAUGGAAAAUGAGGUAGAAAUGAUUCAAGAUUAUACACCUUACAAACAAAAGCUACACACGAAUUUGCAGAGCUCGACUCCGAUGGCAAAUUCAGUAUCAACAUCUAAAAUUGAGCCGGUAGAAAAUAUUAAGACGGCCGAAGAGAAAUCGGAGAACUCUACAAAUUUACCGGAAACGUCGCCAACUAAAUCGAUACAGGCAUCGAAUAAUAGCGCUGAGAUUAGUUUCAAUCAAGAAAAAAUACCCCGUUCGCCAAUAAAGAAAGAUGAAGCUGCUACUGAUACUUUACUCCAUCAGCAACAAGAUUUGUCGGCAACAACCGAUAACAACGCGACAUUAACCGCAGCUGAGCCCAACAAUCCAAAAAACGAUGAGAUCGCAGACGAUUUGUUUUCUAAAUCUUGGACACAAAAUGUAAGUGGGUGCGCAACAUCCGCUGGGAAAAUUGAUACAAUCCAUUCAAUUACGUCCGAAAAUAAAAUCAAUCACGAAGUAGUAACUUCUGAAAAUUUAGAAGUAGAAGAAGAAGGAAAACCGAAAAUUUCAACUACUACAUCCCCGAAAAUCAAAAAUAAAGAGGAAAGUGAAGAAGAAGAAGACUCGUUCCAGAAAUUAGAAUUUGUAGACGAUGAGGCAAUGGAGGCACCCAAUGAUUACGAAAGUGGAGAUUCGAUGGCCGAAGAAGAACGAAAAGAAAUGGAAGAAAACGAAAUUGUAGAUCUAGGUGAAUCAAUUGGUAGUGAAGACACUGAAGGUGAUAGAAGUUAUGAGGAGUGUGAUGAAGAAAACGAUUCAUUUAUAACUUCUGAUACCCACGAAUCGUUACUUGAUUAUUCCGAUGAUGAUGAUGAGCAUUGUAGUAAUCAUUUUGAAGAUUCUGAAGAUUCUGAACCAUCGAAGGGUAACAGUCACAUUUUGGUAACCAGCGAAAGUGAAGGUGAAGAAAAAUCGUCUAAGGAAGAAGUAGUUAAUGGUAUUUUGAAAAAGAAGACAAAGAGGUUAAACAGAUCGAAUAGAAGAAGUCGUAUUUUAGACACAAGUGAAAGUGAAAAUGAAGAAAUGUUAGAAUCGAAAUCAAAAAAGACAAACCAAAGUAUCCAAAAUAGUUCCCCGAAACCGAGUAAACCUCUUAAUUUCGAUGUUAGUAGGAUGAUCGAUGAAACUACAGAAGAAGAAACAAGCGGAAAUGAAAAUUUUUCCAAGAUACAAACUGAUAAAUCUAAAGGAACUAAUUCGAGUGAUCAAACAAUAAAUGGAAAAUAUACUGAGGAUAAUGCAAAUAGUGCUCAAAGUGAAGAUGGAAAUGAGUCGAAGGAUAAGAAAGAUAACAACAAAAAUGAGCUUACAGAAAGGAAUAUUACUAGCUUGAUUCAAGGCAGUGAACAAAAUGUUGAUAACGAAAACUCAAAAGAUACUAACACUGACUUGGACAAAUUAGAUGAAUCAAAUACUGGUAAGGUAGCUGAGAAGACACGGUCGUCACCAGUGAAAUCACAGAGUGACGAAAUUAUGGAAAAUGUCAUGCCACCACAAAUAGCCGAGAAAGCCAACGACACGAAUACUGAUAUGAAUAAAAAUGAUUCAGGUAAUGAGUCUAAACUGAAUAUCUCUAUAAACAGGCAAAACGAGAGUGAUGAAAUCAAUAAAAUAAAUAAUCUUAAUGACUCGAAAUCUCAAAAUGAAAUAUCCGAAAAUGAGAAUGGUGAAGGUGAAUUUGAAGAUAUUGAAAUACCAGAGACCCAGGAGGUCGAGCAAGUAGUAAAAGAUGAUACCCCAGAUGUAUCACUUGCUGAAGAAUCUGCUGAUGAAAAUGUCAUUGAAGAUACGGAAUGUGUAUUGAGUGAAAUAUCGAAGCCGAAAAAUUCUGGUUUAAGUGUGUCCUUUUGUCAGACAAAGCAAAAGCGAAAGAGUAUUACGGCAAAUAAUAGUUUGCAUCAUAGCUCAUUUACAAUUGGGGUAAGUGUAAUUAGAAAAGAAAACGCCAAUCACAUAGAAGAAUCGGAUUCUACAGAACCCAAUGAGAAGAUAUGUAAUGUCGACAACAGCUCAAGCGAAUCUGGAACAGAUUACACUGCCAAAACUAAUGAUGCUCAAGUAGAUAAAGAGGAGGAGGAAGAACUCGAAAAACUAUUGCAUUUCGACACACACUUUUCUAAUCUAAGCAGGAAACGAAAAUCAAUUGCUUCAAUAAAUCCACAGAGUACCAAUGAGCACUCAAAUAGCAAGAAACCGAAACGCCAAAGUCUGCAGCGUAUUUCAAAGGAAGAAUUUAAUCCAUCUCAAUCACUGAUUGAAAACAUUGAAGAUCGUAAACGUGAAUUGCAAACACAAAGAGACGCGGUAAAAUCGCGCUUAUCUAAAUCUAAAUCCUUCUGUGGAGCUAUGCAAGAUGAGUCAAACGCUUUUGCGUCUGACAGCGCUUCAGACAUUUCUAGUAACGAAUCAGAAAAUAACAAGAAAGUGGUAAAUUACUCCAAUACUUGUGAUUUGAAUACUAAUAAGAAUAAAAAGAAGGAUCUAGCGCAUAUUUCCGAGCGCUGUGACAAUAUUCUAGAGGCAGCCAAUCGAGCCAAAUUAGAAUCGAAGCAAAACUCUAAGAAGAGUGAGUUAAUAUUUCCAAAGUCAAAGAAAGGUUCAAAGUAUUCAAUUUUGAUGGACGAAGAAACGGAAGAGGAUACUUUAAUUGUUGAAGAUAUGAAACAUUCAAAAGAACAAAAAAUGUUGGCCUUGGAGCGGGCCUUCGAGGCUUCAGCCAAAAUUUUAUUGAAUGAGGGUGGUAGAAACAAGAAGGAAAAACUACAGAUCGAUGAAGAAGAAAGUGGGAGCAAACGCCUUUCUAUUGAAUUUUUGAAAUCAUUUUCAAAUUCCAAGUUGCAAACUGAAAUAAAAAAGAGUAAUAAAGAAACACAUCCAUCAUUUGUUCAACGCAUGAAUAGUGCAACAGGUGAAAUCAUAGAGGAACCACUUACUCCUCCGAAAAAGAAACGAGCCGUAUUUAAUAAGUUCGAACUACCUACUGGUACCGUAUUUGAGGAACCAAUCACACCGAAGAAAAAAACCAAAAUCGGCGAGUUCCGUGAGAGUCCCAUAACUCCACGUACCCUUGGUUUUAAAGUACGUCAUAUACUAACUGCUGGUCAGGACCAAGCACCGGAAUUGAAAAAUUCUCACCCACUUAAACGCAAGCAAAAACUCGAUGAGCCCAAACAUGUAUUACCUAAACCUCAGUGGUCGCAGUCGGGUGUAUUUCUUGAAGAACAUUUGCCAUCUCUAAGUGAUAAACAAAGGCACAAAUUUAAAGCAGCAAGUACAACGCAUAACUGUGGACCAAGUGCCGGGACUGCAACCCUAAAUGCCUUGCACUUUAAAAAGUCUACUAUGUUUCGGAAAAAUGUUCCGAGAGAAUCAUCGAAUGAAUUGCUAAAGCGUAAAGAGCGUCAGUAUGCUCGUAACCACUUUUAAGUGAGAAACUAAAUCCAUGAUAUUCGUACGUAAAACAUAUUAUUUGUUAGCAAGUUAUGAUUAAUUUAUACAUUUUAUAUGUCCUUAUGCAUACUUCACAUCAUUAAUAAAUGCCAUUUUCAUAUUUGUA